CUCGGGUCUCUGUGUACUCUUCUCCUCCUCCUGAGACAGCCCUCUCAUCGCACUGUGACAGCGAAGGGUGACACUGGGUGACACGUGCCGGCCCACUCCCCCCUCCAGUGGGUAUUUCCCACCUGAAGAGGGGGCCCAGGUCUCAGAGCGAGCAGGGAAUGGGUGAGCAGCAGUGUCACAGCCUGUCGCGGCACUCUCCCAGUGACAGCUCCACAGUGCCCGCCCUCGGCAUUGCUGUGGAUGAGCAGAACGUCCUUCCAGGCGCCCUGAGUCUUAUCCGGGAGCUCAGACCCGACUGGGACCUCCGCCAUGUGCAGACUAAGUUGUUCACUGACGGCAUCACAAACAAGCUUCUUGCCUGCUAUGUGGAUACGUGUAUGAAAGAUGCAGUACUUGUGCGUGUCUAUGGCAAAAGGACUGAGCUGUUUGUGGAUCGAGAAGAUGAGGUGACAAGUUUCCAGUUGUUGCAAGCUCAUGGUUGUGCCCCCGAGCUGUUCUGUACUUUUCAAAAUGGACUGUGCUAUGAGUUCAUGCGUGGCUUGGCACUUGGCCCGGAGCAUGUGCGCCAAUCUCAAAUAUUACGCUUGAUUGCUCACGAGAUGGCCAAAUAUCACUGUAUCCCAGUCCAUAAUGGCUGCCUUCCAAAACCAGUCCUUUGGCAGAAGCUGAACAAGUACCUAUGUAUCCUGCAUACCGAAGAAGGAAUCCAAGACAGAUUGCCAGCAGGGAUUCCCAGCCUGAAGGUGUUGGAAGAGGAACUUCUCUGGCUACAAAAGUACUUGCCCUCCCUCGAAUCACCUAUUGUCCUUUGCCAUAAUGACUUACUAUGUAAGAAUGUUAUCUACAAUGAAGAAGAAGGUCAUGUCCGAUUUAUUGAUUAUGAAUACGCUGGGUACAAUUACCAGGCCUAUGACAUCGCUAACCAUUUUAACGAAUUUGCAGGAGUGAGAGAGCCAGAUUAUCGAUUGUUUCCUGACAGAGAGACUCAGCGCCAGUGGUUGCGGCAUUACUUGGGGGCCUGCAGAAAGCUGAAAGGAGUAGAGGGAGAGCCCCAAGACAAAGAGGUGGACAAACUUUGUAUGCAAGUCAAUCAGUUUGUACUGGCAUCCCACUUCUUCUGGGGUCUAUGGGCUCUCAUUCAGCAUAGAUUUUCAGACAUUGACUUUAACUUUGCACAGUAUGCUAAGUUAAGGUUCCAGCAAUACUUUCAAGUGAAGCCACAUAUGACUACACUGCAGGAUGUGAAGUAAACAAAACACUGGAAACUAAAGCAAAAACAGGAUAAUCUGGUCAAAAUCUGCAGUGUCCUCUACAUACAAACACUAACAUUGGAUCAGUGACACUAUAUUGGCUAAUAAUCAGAGUGUCCCCUUACCCAGUUACACAAACUUAGCUUGAGAGUAAUGCUAUGUCUAAACGUGAAUUAUACACAUUUUAUUGCGGGUUAUAAGUAAAGGAUAUCUUUAUUAAGCUACUUUCACGCUUGCGUUCAGAGGUCGCACAAUUUUUUUUCCCAAAAGAUUUAAAAUACUCCUCUUACCAAUUUUGAGGAGUAUUUUCAGCUGAAAAGGAGUACGAAAGUUGAAGUGAUCAAUAUGUAUAAUACAUAGGUCUAAAUAACAUUAACAGGCUGCUAUUUAUGCAGGAAACCGUUACCAGUCUACUCUAGCAUUGUCUUCUAUACAUAAAUAGCAAAUUUAGAAAAUUUUACAUUUCUGAUUGUGCAAUUUAAAAACUCGUGUUUUCUCCAUCAUAUUUAAAAUAUAACGCAGCCAAAAUGGCAAAUUAUCAGUGCUCUGCAUCUCCAGUAUUACAUUGGCCCAUCAGCACCAUGAUUAUCCCCACAAUGUUCUGCUGUGUAGAUCCAGUGCCCACACAUGAGAUGACCAAGCAGUGCAGAAAUGUCUUUGCUGGGAUGAUGCUGAUGGGGCAGAGGCAAAUACACUGACUCACUGAUCACUGCACCAGCAGGCACUGGCUGAGCACCUAACACAGGGAGAACACAGGAGAGUUUAGCGUUGUACUUUACAUUCCGGUGUCAAGACUCCAAGAGGUAUAAUGACCUCUUGUCUGGCAGUCACCUCCUCACCGCUGAUGUGGGCAGCUGGAUCUGCAGUCAGAAGAAUGCAGCCAUGCUGCACUCUAAGUGAUCCCAUUACCCUGGUGCAGAGCAAAGAUCAGUGCUCUUCUGUCCAUCCACAGCUCCUUAUCAGCUUGUCCCCAGACAUUAGUUGGCCUCCUCACGGGCUGCUCUUCAGUCUUCAUGGAUCUUCCUUCUGCCAGCCACUAGUUAGCCUACACAGUCAGGGACUCUGGAGCAGCAGUGCGCCCAAAUUGGCCAAUGAGCAGCCUCCCUCCCUAAUAAGAAGCUCCUUACUUGCUGCCGUCCCUACACCUGCCAGUAAGGAGCUUAGCUAUUGGAUGUAUUGCUGUGCUGCCCAUGAGAUUCAAAGCGUGCAGUGCGCUGGUAACUACAUGAAAAGCCUUAAUGCAUAUUCAUACGCAUUAGCCUUUUUUCAAAGCGUAAAAUUGCCUGAACAGGCGUCUAUGACGCUUGUACAGGCGUUAUUGCGACCCCUGCAUGCAUUGUUGUUUUCCAGUAUUAAGGUCCGGCAGAGGAUCUCAAUACCAGGGGAAAAAAACGUUUUCGUAUAGUCCUCAUGGAUUCUGAAUAGAAAGAGAUCCAUUCAGGAUGUCUUCCGUUCCAGCAUCAUUCCAUUUUGUAAUCGGACACAAAACCGUUGCAAGCUACGGUUUUGUGUCCGGUCAUAAAAAAGGAAAAAAACUGAUCUGGCACUGAAAACAAUGUCAGUCAAUCGUGACAGAUCAGGUUUUUUUUGGAGCCUAAAAAACAGAUCUGUAAGGCUACAUGCACACAACCGUAUGUGUUUUGCGGUCCGCAAAUUGCCAUACGUUUUGUUUUUUUUGCAGAUCCAUUGUAACAAUGCCUAUAACGGACAAGCAUAGGACAUGUUCUAUUUU